AUGUCGUUUCGGCUGGCGUUGAAAGCUCCUAAGAGCUGUGUACUCAAUAGCUUCUCUGCUGCAGCUCGGAGAAAGUACUCGACAAGUAAAGAAUCAAAUUAUUUUACUGUCGAGCUAAAUCCUAAAACAAAGGAUCUCUCUGAACUAUUGCAAACCGUCAGAUCUCAGGUCAAAAUCGCCAAUCCUAGUCGUCAUGAUGCUGCAGUCAUUCUAGCAACUCCACAGUAUGCGCAAUGGCUUGAGAAGGACGGUUUCAUGGCAGAGUUCAUUGAUCUACUCUCAGGGUCCGAGAAAGCAGAUCAGUUUCACAUCUUAGGUGCUGUUGUCGAUCAUAUUGCUCCUCCAGUGCCGAGCAACAAGCCCAUUCAGGGGUUAUCUAUCCUUCGUGGAAAACUUGAUUCAAUUCUUCCUGGAUUAUGGACUCCUGAACCCCCCAAGGCUAGAGAAGACGCCGACAAAGUAGCAGCUUUAACUAUGGAUCUUGGUAACCCUCACAUUACCAUUCCUCUCACCAACACAACCUUUCAAAAUCACAAGACUUCAACACUCAUUGUCAGGCAUUAUGACUUGUCACAGAGCUCGCCCAAACUGGUCGAGAAGAAUGAAAAGUAUUGGCAGCAAAUAUCACUUCCUCUCAAGAAGCAGCUCCCCUCAAUUGAUGACCUCGGCAUCUGGGCUCCUCUUGUACCCUUGACACAUCCUCGUGUGGUGACCGAGAGUUUUGGAAACAUUGUGCGACGAGUCAGUGUUGAAAACGAAUCGGUACCUGCUUCUAACGAGCUUGAACCAGCGGUUGACGAACUACAUGUUCGGAAAUCGGACUUGGUCCAGUCGCCUAUGGGGAUCUGGUCAAUCAUUACUCCUCCAACAUUUGCCCAGUCAGGCAGCAACUCAAAUUCUACUGAUCCUGAUCCCGAGGCAACGUUCAGAGAUGGUCAAAAUAUCAAGGAACUAGUCGCUUCCACAUCCGGUCACCUGGUUGACCUGUACAGGCAAGGUGGCCGGCUAUAUCAGAUCUUGAGCGGUGGUGGUGGCUGGGGCGCAAAGAAGGGUUUACUAUCGCUUGACCCUCAGCGCACUCAUUUUUCCCUUUCCGAAGAGGAGGAGAUGCAAAGGUUCAUUCAGGCCAUGGACGGUGGCAAUUUCGUCCCUGUGGGAUCCAAGAUUCAGUUCUUUGCGUCGACAGAGACUUCGGCCACCGAACCAACUGGCGCUCAAGAGACGGGCGUGGUCUUCGGAACAGCCAGCAGGGUCGAAACUGAGACUGAUUCAGAGUCUUCUCAGCCAGAGGCUCGGUUGCUGGAAGACCACUUCGGUGCUCUCUCCAACGAUGGUAUCUUCGUCACCUCUUCUGAUGCCGCAGCGGUCACCACACCUGGCUUCAACAAUGAUUGGAAGCUUAACGUUCCCAACUCUCGAAUUUACGUCAACAUCUAG